AUGCGAUAGACCAACAGGCACCCCCGCGCGCGCGCGAGCCCGCCUGCCCUCCACACAAGCACGAACGCGAACCGCCGAGACAAGCAAGAGCGCACACGCAGGAGCAGCCGAGCAGAACACAUGCACCUUCGUGAGGCCAUGGAAGGCGCCGGCACCGGAACCGGGCGCAAGAAGCUGAAGCACCGGCUCGCGGCGAUCCUCUCGGCCUUCUCCCGGCGCGCGGGAGGCAGCAGGAAGCGCCGCGACGAGGAGGAGAAGCCGCCGCCGCUGGCAUUACCCUCCUACACCCGCCUCGGCGGCAAGAAGGCUGGGGGAAUGCUCGACCGCCGGCUCUCCGUCUCCGCGCCGCGCCCAGCGCCGCUGGUCCAUAUCACCAUCGACUGCGCGGGCCGCCGCUCCGUCGACGCGGCCGACCCAUCCAUCCUCCCGCUCGCGCCGCUCGACGCGGACGCCGCCAGCAGGAAGGCGGAGAGGCGGCUCACGGAGAACGGGAUACCGUUCGAGACCGGCGAGUGGGAGGGCCGCAAGUGCCCGCCGUCCUCGCCGUUCGUGGCGCACCUUCCGCCGCUGCCGCCGGUGGCGAGGUGGAAGGAGCGGGCCAACAACUCAUCGCGCAGGCUCUCGACGCACUCGUCGCGCAGGCUCGUGAGCAGCUCGUCCUCGGACGACGAGUACGAUGAGGACUCGAGGAACCUCUUCUCCUCGAGGAGCUUCUCCUCCGACUCGUCGGACUUCUACAACUGUCCGCGCAAGAAUACCACCAGGGCGCGCGCAUCUGUCUCCGGCCCUUGCCGCGCGCCGCCUGCUUCCGCGCGUCGCGGCGCGUCGCAGAGCUGCCGGUACAGCUUCGAGCUGCCGCGGGGCUCGACGGCGUCCGCCGCGACGGACGGCGGGUUCGCGGUAGUGAAGCGCUCGGCUGACCCGUACGAGGACUUCCGCAGGUCAAUGCAGGAGAUGAUAGCCGAGUGGCCGGCGGGCGGCGAGGGGGAGCACAGCGCGGAGCGGCUGCUUGAGACGUACCUCGUGCUCAACUCGCCGCGGCACUACCCGGCGAUCCUCGCGGCGUUCACCGACGUGCGGGAGACGUUGUUCCCCUGAGCUCGUCUCCAUCGGCCGGCGCUGGUGUGAUGUUGAUAUCAUUAACCUUUUCAAACGAAAGUAAUGGCACGAGAAUCGAGCAUGUGCGUUGUUGUGUUCGUACUUCCUACGUGUAUUGGCUGUGUCUUUCGGUGCUGAAUCUUGCCUUGCUAACCUCUGUUUAAUCCGACUCUGUUGUUCUGUAGUCUCGGUGUCUGAUGGCAACUUUUUUUUUAUAGUUUGUUAAUGUUAAUUUCUACUAGCUUGGGCA